AUGGAUGAAAAAUCCUAUGUAACACUGACGGAGUUAAAAAAUAAUAAUAGCAUGGACAAAAUUUUUUACGUGCCGAAAGUUGCCUAUACGAUCUCAUUGUGUUAUCCACUACUAUCGAAUGAACAAAAUAUCUAUUACUGGGAGUUCGCCAUUGUCAUCUCCUUGCGCAAUGCCAGCACCCAACGAGGGGGCGCGGCCGCGCGUGCUGGCUCCGUCAGAAUCUGCAAAGCCGCCGGACUGAAGAACAGAAGAACUCUGAAGAAGGAAGAUGAAGAUGGAGCCGCUCAGCCGCAUAGCCGGGUGCAAGGGCCAGCAAAAGACGAGUCACGAGAGGCAGUAGCAAAAAAUUUUGAAUUUCCCCCAAAUUACCAAACCCUUUUCCUCAAUCCUCACUUCUUCUUGCUCCAAAUUCACACCACAAACUUCAGGCAUCACCAUCAGACUUUCGGACCGGUCAAUGUCCGUGAAGUGAUAAAUGGAAUUCUGGAAUGGAAAAGUGAGAAUUUGAAGAAGGGAAUAAAGAAUUUUAUUAUUAUUCUUCUUCUUUUUUUGCGAAAGACCAUACCCAAUUCUUCUACUUCUAGUUGUGGAUCUAGUCCCGCCACUGAUUCUAGUCAAGCACAAGAGUUAUUGAAUAACACAAAGAAGUCUCAGGCUCAAUUUAAUAUGGAUGAUCUUGUAUCUGAUCCAGGGAUACGCCCCCCUAUCGAAUCAUAUGAUCAUAAUAUUAGAGAUGUUGUUAGAAUGUCAUACUUGGAGAAGGGUCCUUGUCAACCAUAUGAACAUGAUUUUUCAAGAAGACCGAUGGGAAAUGAUAAUAGAUGUUUUCGGAAAGAAUGGUUCUCCGAAUUUCAUUGGUUGGAAUACAGUAUAGAAAAGGAUGCGGCGUAUUGUUUACAUUGCUACCUAUUCAAACCUGAUAGAGGGGGUCAAGGGGGUGGACAUAUAUUUACUAAGACUGGCUUUAGGGAUUGGAAGCACAAAAAGACAUUGAAAGAUCAUGUCGGUCUCUUUGAUAGUUCUCAUAAUCAAGCUUUUGCAAAGUGUACGAACUUGAUGAAUCAAAAGCAAAGUAUCUCUUACGUUAUUUCUAGCCAAAGUAGUAGUCAACAACAAAGUUAUAGGACCAAGUUGAUUGCGGUGCUAGAUUAUACUAGACUCCUCUUUAUGCAAGGGUUGUCAUUUCGUGGUCAUGAUGAAUCGAAAGAGUCUCUUAAUAGAGGAAAUCUAAUUGAGUUAUUGAACUGGUAUGCAGCUCGUUGUAAUGAAAUUAAAGAAGUUUUAUUUAGUAAUGCUCAUGGAAAUGACCAAAUGACUUCACCAACCAUCCAAAAGGAUUUGAUUAAUUGUUGUGCCGUAGAGACGACAAGGGCUAUUAUCAAUGAGAUUGGUGAUUCUUUGUUUUCAAUUUUAGUUGAUGAGGCUCGUGAUAAUUCUGUGAAAGAACAAAUGGCAGUUGUUUUAAGGUUUGUUGAUAAAAGUGGGCGAGUGAAGGAGCGUUUUUGGGAUGCCAUUGAUGCAAUGUUUUCUACACAUGGGUUGAGUAUAUCUAGUCUGAGAGGUCAAGGCUAUGAUGGAGCAAGUAAUACGUCAGGUGAGUUCAAUGGGUUGAAAGCUUUAAUUCUUAGAGAGAACCCACAUGCUAUGUAUGUUCAUUGCUUCGCUCACCAGCUUCAGUUGGCAAUUAUAUCUGUGGCACGUAGGAAUUGUAUGGUUGGUGAUUUUUUGGAUGUACUCGCUAUUAUUGUGAAUUUGGUUGGUGCAUCAUGUAAGCGUGUAGAUGCUCUUCGAACAAGUUAUCAAGCUAAUAUUCUGGAGAAGCUUAAUACUGGGGAACUUACUGGUGGAAGUGGUCAGUUUCAAGAAAUGAGUUUGGCACGCCCAGAUGUUCUUGAGAAUAUAUCAGAAGAUGGCGUACAUUCAGAUCAAAAAUCUUCAGCCUUAAGACAGAUGAACAAUAUGCAAGGUUUUGAGUUUGUGUUCAGUCUUCACUUUAUGUUUGAAAUUCUUGCAAUUACAGACGACCUUUCACAAGCCUUACAGAAAAAGGAUCAGGAUAUUCAGAAUGCUAUGAGGUUAUUGAAUUUGUGUAAGUGUGCAUUGCAGAACUUGAGAGAGACUGGUUGGGAUACUUUGUUCAGUAGGGUGAUUGAGUUUUGUGUUGAUAGACAUAUUUUAGUGCCUAAUAUGGAGGAUAUUGUAGUGGUGAAAGGUCGACCUAGGCGUGUAGCUCAGCAGGUGACUUAUUUUCAUCGCUUUUAUGUUGAUUUGUAUUGUCAUGUGAUAGACUCAAUCUUGCAAGAGUUGAAUGAUCGAUUUCCAGAAACAACUAUUGAGCUCUUUACUUGCAUUUCAUGUUUAAGUCAAAGAGAUUCAUUUGUAGCUUUUGAUAAGGAUAAAUUGCUACGUCUUGCUCAGUUCUAUCCUUUGGACUUCAAUAGUGAAGAACUUUUAUUACUUAGACCUCAACUUGAUAAGUUUCUUUUGCUUGUGAGAAUGCACGAAGCUUUCUUUAAUAUCAAUAGUAUAUCUUGUGUAGCUCAGAAGUUGAUUGAAACUAGAAGUUUCUGUUAUUUUCCAUUGGUUUAUAGGCUGCUCACCUUGGGUUUGAUUUUUGUUGAAAGGGUAUUUUCUGCUAUGAAUCUAAUCAAGAGUGAUUUGUGCAACAAAAUGGGUGAUGUCUGGUUGAAUGACAAUUUGGUGGUUUACGUGGAGAAAGCUAUUUUUAAACAAUUUGAAAAAGGAGGCAAUAUUGCAACGUUUUCAAAUCAUGAGACCCCGUAG